GGGGCUGACCUUUUCUUGUAUCUCCACUAAAUUAAUUAAUAAACGACGAUUAACUCACGUAAUUAAAUCAAAAUCAUUAUUAUUUUCUCGUCAAAGCUUUUAAAUAAAUGACAUAAAAGCAAAUCCAAGCCCUUGUCAAACCUAAAGCUCAUAUUCUUCUCCUUUCUCCACCAGUCUACUCACUCCCAUCCUUCAAUCUCUCUCUCUCUCUCUCUCUCCCUCUCUCUCUCUCUCUCCCCUCUCUCUCUCUCUCAUCAUGUCGGAGGAUUUCACAGCUGAUUUCUACUACCGCCACCCAUUUCAAGAUGAUCAGCGGCGGACAACCACCACGGCGGCCUUCACAUACUCCGGCAGCCAUUCCUCCGCCUACGCCAACGAUAUCUCAAGCACUUUCUCGGCCGACCAUUCCUCCGUCGUCGACAACAAUCUGCAAAUGUUCGAUCCUACUUACGCCAGCUUUGCUGAGUUCCUGCAUGGAUCCAACGAUAACACCUCGUUCUCCGCCGCCUUCGGCCUUUCGCCGUCGUCCUCCGUCGCCGUAGAGGAUCAGCACACACCGGCGGUGGAGGCCGCGAGAGGAGGCGGCGAGACCACGCCCGCCACGCCGAACUCCUCGAUCUCGUCUUCCUCCGCCGAGGCGGCCGCGGCCGACGAAGAUUUGAGUAAGGGUAAGAAAGAAGCCAAGGAAACCCUUGAAGAUGCAGACGGUGAUAGCUCCAAGAAAGACUCGAAGACGAAGAAGAAAGCAGAGAAAAAGCAAAGGCAGCCACGAUAUGCUUUCAUGACCAAGAGUGAAGUCGAUCAUUUAGAAGAUGGAUACAGAUGGAGAAAAUAUGGACAAAAAGCAGUCAAGAACAGCCCAUAUCCAAGAAGCUACUACAGAUGCACGACACAGAAAUGCCCGGUGAAGAAGCGCGUGGAGAGAUCGUAUGAAGACCCUUCGAUUGUCAUCACGACAUACGAAGGGCAGCACAACCACCAUGUGCCGGCGACCCUCCGCGGAAACGCGGCGGCGAUGUUUAACCCCUCAAUGCUGGCUCCGCCGCUAAAUAUCCCAUCGGAAGGCCAGGGAUUCCCUCAAGAGCUCUUGCUUCAGAUGCCGCACCUCUAUGGCGGCGGCGGCGGCGGCGGCGCGAGCAAUAUGUUUCAUCAGCAGAGUUUUAGUAACCCGCAGUUCCACCAGUUUGUUGACUACGGACUGCUGCAGGAUAUAAUUCCUUCAGUUUUCCCUAAAGAGGAGCCAUGAGAGAGAGAGAGAGAUCUUGAAACUCCAAAUUCGACUAACUACUGCUAGAGAGAGGGGGUUUCUUUAUUUAUUUAUAUGAUGAUGUAUAUUUAUUUUGCUGACUGUAAUAUACAUAUCGAUCGCCUGUUGCAUACAGACAUGGCCUAGCUAGUGUAGUAUUAUCUCUCUUCUCUUCAUCUUCUCUAUCAUCUCUCCAUCUCUCCCACGGUGCUUUGUAUCUGUAGCUAGCUAUAUGCAUAUAAUGUAAUAGUACAUUUUGAUGUGCAUGAAUUUACUUUUUCGAAUCUA